GUAAGCAGUGUGCCUAGCAUAAACAGGUUUAACACAUUAACAGGAAGGAAGAAAUUAAGAGAAAUAAAGCAGAAAGAGAGUUAAAUAGCAGAAAAAGAGAAAGAGAAAACAGAGCUACAUACGCUUGAGGAAGUCUUCCAGGAGGAGAGGACAGCGAACUCAGGGGAGCUUCGAAACGACAGGAGCUGAUAAGGCCAACAAUGUCUGAAGGUACCAGGACUACCUUUUCCGGCAGGAGCGCUCUCCCACCCAAUAAUUCCAAUAAAGAAGAAGAUGAGCUCCCCACCACGGAGUUUGAGGGCCUCAUGCCCAGGGGAGUUAAACCUCAAGACUUUCUGAAUGUCACAGACAUCCACCUCUUCAAGGAAAACUGGGACAGCAACAAGGUGGACCAUCACACAGAUCGAUAUUACAAUGAAAAGUUGAUUGUCCGCCGAGGGCAGCCUUUCUACGUCCAGUUGGACUUUAAUCGUCCUUAUGAUCCCCAAAGGGACUUCUUCAGGCUGGAAUAUGUCAUUGGUGAGUUCUCUGACUAA